GAAGGUGAUAACGUGUUGACACAGAGAGAAAGAGAGAGAAACACAAAAGAGCAUCUAGAGCAAGCAGCCACACAGAUUUCUGUGGAAGCGAGGCCCGGCAGGGGUGCAGGAGCCCUGUCCCUCUUGCUUUCCAACCAUGAAGGGCAGACUGAAAGGAGCCUGGAUCCUUUCCUUGCUCUUGGCUGGUUUAUUUCAGCCCAGCCUGGGGCAGGAACAACAGGAGAUUUUGACAGGACUUCAGUUAUCUCAUCAAAAUGAGGAAACAAGAUCCUGCUCGUAUGUUCCUAAUUCUCAACCAAUCCCAGAUCGAGGCAAGGUGGAUUGCUAUGACUCAGUUAAAGGAUCAGCCCAUGAUUACGGGGCUUUCUCUUUAUCUGGUGAAUACAUCGCCUUCCAGAAAUAUGUGGGGAAGUAUAUCCUCUUUGUAAAUGUGGCCACUUACUGAGGACUAACAGCACAAUAUCUUGAACUGAAUGCACUACAAAAUUCACUGAGAACUGACCGACUGGUUAUCCUAGGCUUCCCAUGCAAUCAAUUUGGAAAACAAGAACCUGGACAGAAUUCUGAAAUCCUUCAAGGAAUAAAAUAUGUCAGACCAGGGGGAGGCUAUGUCCCCAAUUUCCAACUCUUUCAAAAAGGUGACGUAAAUGGGGAAAAUGAACAGCAAAUUUACACCUUCCUGAAGAACUCCUGUCCACCAGUUGUGGAAACUUUUGGUGACACAACGAGACUCUUCUGGUCACCUUUGAAGAUCCAUGACAUUAAGUGGAAUUUUGAGAAAUUUUUGGUUAAUCCUCAAGGAAAGCCUGUGAUGAGGUGGUUUCACCGGACAAAUGUUUCCACUGUAAAGAAUGAUAUCAUAAGAUAUAUGAGGAAAAACAGAAAUGGGUAGACUCCAUACAAAUGAAGAUGGAUUCGGGGGUGGACGGGGGGGGAGACAAGCUGCAGACAUAUCCAGACAUAUUCAUUUUCUUCGGUCAAAUAAUUGAACAUGCAAAUAUCUUUUAUUCAAAGCUAAAAUAAGGUUCAGUUAGAAUUUACCUGACAGGGUGGCAGUUUACAUACUAAUAUUGCUAAAUAUUCAUAUCAAAAUUCUUAAUAUUAACUAACGUAUUUUCAAGCGCAACUUUAUAAAACCAUGUUGAUUUCAGUUGACUCAAUGAUAGCUUUAGUUUCCACAAGAUGGAACCAAUACGUAUUGGGAAACCAUUUUAGUAACUUCAGAUACUGCUUCAAAAUCUGUUACCUGAGCAUGAGUAACAAAAGAAAAUCUUUUGGUUUUGCAUCUCUAGUAUAUUAUGGCACUAAAGAAAAAUGAAAACUAUUCCUUCCUUUCAUUGUUAACAUAUUGAAGCAGGAUAUAUUGUAUAAAUUUUAAAAACAACAAAAUUAAGGUGUCUGUGAUUCUUGGUCAUCCAUGGUUGUCCAAGGUUAUGCUUUUUCAAGAGGCAACUGAACUUUCUGUUUUUUCUUUGAAGACAUUUUGCUUCUCAUCCAAGAAGCUUCUUCAGGAGUGAAAUAUCUUCAAAGAAAAAAACAGAAAGUCCAGCUGCCUCUUGAAAAAGCACCUUUGGGGCAACAAAAUUAAGAUUUUUUUAAAAAAAUUACAAGCUAUACAUUGGCCCAUUUUCACAGUAUUAAAGUCAAUCUAGUUUAUUUUUAGCAAUUUAGCAACUCAUUUCUCACAUUGGAUGAACAUUAAAUACUAUGUUCAUUAAGGAUUUUCCACUUAAUUUUGUUGUUUUAAAUUGCUAUGUUAUUUUGGUUCUAGCAAAAGAAUUAUUAAUCAGAAUUCAGGCACAUAAUCAAGAGUCUCUUAUGACACCUUAAAGGCUGCAAAUCUGUUGUAAGUCUUUGUUGUUAAGAAACAGAAAUUGCACCCUUUGAUCUCCUUUCUACGAUCCAUCUGGUUUAUACACAGUUCUACUGAAAAUAAGACGAGCCUUCUAAUAUAGAUGGAAUUAAUACUUUUGGCAUCUCUGGAUAAAGGGCAGUUUGCCUCCCUUCCUUAAAAUGUAGAAUAGAGACCCCAUCUGGAGAAUUUAUGAACUGGAAUUUCUUAAAUGACUGACUCUCUUUCUGACAGUGGAGGAACGAGAGGAAAGGAUUUGGGGGCAAGGAAAAUGCAUCAGAAUGACGGUUAGAUCUGAAAACUCCAUACGAGUGGGACCUGGCCUAAGACUGCAAGGCAGUGGAGUAGUUCUUUAGUGCAUUCAGCUACUUCACUACAACCUCUGCAGAGAUGUAUUUCUUCCUUAUCCCAAGAUCCCAGCAGCCUCUCUAACCUCCACCACAUCUAAGAACAUUGCCUAAUAAAAACUGCAAAUUCUCAGCGCA